CCCCACCCCCUGCGCCUUGCAGCCCGGGCGAGGCCCAUGGCCGGUCCCCAGGGCAGAGGGCGGAACCCCGCCCUUUGUGAGGUCUGGUCUCCAGGGCAGGGGCCAGGGGCCGGAACCCGGCGGCGCCCUUACCUGCUUGCGCGCCUGGACCAUAGCAGCUGGACGCAAGGAGCAGCCCACCCGCCGGGCCCGCCUGCUGGGGCUAUGCGGCAGCUGAAAGGAAAGCCCAGGAAGGAGACGUCCAGGGACAAGAAGGAGCGCAAGCAGGCCAUGCAGGACGCGCGGCGGCAGGUGCCCACCGUGGUGCUGCCCACGCUGGCCCUGGCCGUGCUGCUCAUCGUGGUCUUUGUGUACGUGGCCACGCGCCCCGCAGGCACCGAGUGAGGCCUGCCCCUGCCCCCAUCCCCGGCGCCUCCAUGUGCCUUUGGGCCGCCUGGCCCCUCCUGCCGCCCCUCCUGCCGCCCAGCCGGCCGGUGAUGUGUGGGUCCCCGCGCUGCCCACCUCACCCCACCUGCCAAAGCCCUGUCUGUCUGCUCUGCUUCCGUGGUUUGAGCUCUGUCACCCAAAGGUGAGAUAUUUAUUUUUUGAAUAAAGGAGACAAGAGCCUUGUGCUGCAUCCUGCGUGAGCUAACCUGGCCGCGCGCCCCAGGCCCCUGGGGAACUUGCUGGAACCACCUAUGGGGGAGGGGAGGCCCUCACGGGCCUAUUUUAGCAAAACAGAUCCGAGAUCUAACUGGACCCUGAGGCCACUCAGCGGACAGUAGCAGCAGCGUCACCCCUCCCAAGUGGGGCUAGAACCAGGGGACCCAGGUGUGCGCAGUCCA